ACAUGAAAUUGUUAGUAGCAGUAGCAGUUUUGUGCUUAGCCGUAGCUUACGCUCGGGAACUGGGCGAGGAAGAGAAGGACCUCGUCGCAGCAGCCAGUGGGAAGAGCAGCCACCAUGAAGAGGGCGGCGGCAAGGAGCACCACGGUCAUCAUCAUCAUGAACAUGGACACAAGGGACACAAAGGCCAUCACGGACACCACCAUCACCAUAAAGGUGACCACGGCGGUCAUGGCAAACACCACCAUGGAGAGCAUCACCACGAACAUGGCGGCCAUCACAAGAAGCACUGGGAUGAACACGAUGACCAUGGCCAUCAUCACGAACAUGGACACCACCACAAGGGUGGCAAACAUGGCCACCAUGAGCACCAUGACAAGGGUGAGAAGACCGACGGUUACCACAAGAAAUACCACAAGGAUACCUUCCACAAGGACCAUCACUUCUAUGACGGCGACCACAAAGAAGGCAAGCACCACAAACAUGGUCACCAUCAUGGACACCAUGGACAUGAGGGAGGACACCACAAGAAGGGCGGUCAUCAUGAACAUGGACAUCACGAGCACCAUCACGGCAAACAUGGACACCAUGACAAGCACCAUCAUGAUGACGACCACCAUGGACACCACGGUCACCAUGGCCAUGAAGGCCAUCAUCACCAUCAUGAUCAUCAUGGCAAGAAGGGAGGUCAUGACGACCAUAAGGACUGGGGAUUCCAUCAUGGAAAGCAUUAAGUAACCAAAUCAGACUGUGAUACUAAUAUAAAUAUUUCUUACGACUUUUUAUAACUUUUUG